CUGUGAAUGACGUAGUCAGGAACUGCGCCCGGGCCAAACAGCUGAGUUGUGUUUUUCAGCAUUCGUGUUGCCUGAUGCAGAGGUCCUCCUCACGGCCUGUGUGUGUGUGUGUUCCACUGAGCACUGUAAAUUGGCACUGAGGUCAGGCUUUUCUUCCUGCAGUCCAGUGUCAGAAUGGUGCCUGUUCAUGCUGCCUGUGCCUUGUUAAGCCUCGCACCCCUGUUGGUGCUUGGUGUUCCUCCCAUUUGGACCCAGCCAGAGCAGGUGCACCUCUCUUAUCCGGGGGUGCCAGGUUCUAUGGUGGUGACCUGGACCACCUUCAAUAAGACACAGAGCGAGGUGGAGUAUGGCCUUCUGAGGGGUCGGCUCUUUGAGAUGAGCGCCAAAGGUGACGCCACCCUGUUUGUAGACUCAGGAAAGGAGAAAAGGAAGAUGUUCAUCCACAGAGUCACUCUCACAGGCCUCAAACCUGCUGCUGCUUAUGUCUACCACUGCGGGAGUGAUGAGGGCUGGAGCGAUGUGUUCUCCUUCACUGCUCUGAAUGACAGCACUAGUUUCAGUCCCAGGUUUGCUCUGUAUGGAGACUUGGGCAAUGAGAACCCUCAGUCUCUGGCUCGGCUGCAAAAGGAGACGCAGCUUGGCAUGUACGAUGUGAUCCUGCACAUAGGGGACUUUGCCUAUGAUAUGCAUGAGGACAAUGCCAGGAUUGGAGAUGAGUUCAUGAGGCAGAUCCAGUCCAUAGCAGCCUACGUGCCCUACAUGACCUGCCCAGGCAACCACGAAGCCACAUAUAACUUCUCCAACUACAGGAAUCGCUUCAGCAUGCCAGGCCAGACUGAGAGCCUGUGGUACAGCUGGAACCUGGGGUCAGCGCACAUCAUCUCCUUCUCCACUGAGGUUUAUUUCUAUCUCGAAUACGGCCUGGAGCUCCUCUUCCAGCAGUAUGAGUGGCUGAAGAAAGACCUGGAGGAGGCCAACAAGCCAGAGAACCGAGCAGUGCGUCCAUGGAUCAUCACCAUGGGACACAGACCCAUGUACUGCUCGGAUGACGACCAGGACGACUGUACCAAGUUUGACUCCUAUGUCCGACUCGGACGGAACGACACCAAACCGCCAGCUCCUGGUCUAGAGGAUCUAUUUUACCGCUAUGGGGUGGAUCUGGAGUUGUGGGCACAUGAACACACAUAUGAGAGGCUUUGGCCUGUCUACCGUGACAAGGUGUGCAAUGGGAGCAAAGAGGAGCCUUAUGUGAACCCAAAAGCUCCAGUACACAUUAUCACAGGCUCUGCUGGCUGCAGAGAGAAGACCGACAGGUUCAAUCCAAACCCCAAAGACUGGAGCGCCUUGCGCAGCACAGACUACGGCUACACCCGCAUGCAACUGGUCAACACCACCCACCUUUACUUGGAGCAGGUCUCCGAUGACCAGUAUGGCAAGGUGAUUGACAGCAUAUGGGUGGUGAAGGAUAAGCAUGGCUUCUCUGCCUGGUCCUGAAGACUGCCCUCCUUUAAAGAAAUAACCUGCUCAGGAAAUUAUCUCUAAACUUAAAACAAGCACUUUUUUGCUGCUUUUCAGAUUGAAGUAUUCAAUAUUGAAGUAGUGAUUCUUUUGAUGUCUGACUUUUUCCACUAUGCUUUACCCAAUAAGAAGACCACUUCAUGAUGAUCAUCUGCUGUAAAUGUAUAUAAUGUAACUGUAAAUUACUCUGAGAUGCUCAACAAAGCAAUGUUUUGUAAACAGGGAAUCAUUUGAAUAAAUUCAGCUUCUUUAUGGA